UCCCGACCCCUGGUCUAGAGUCUAGAGUCUAGAGUCUAGACGUAGUGGUCUCCAAGCCUGUUCUAGACAGUUGAGGAGAGUAUAAUCUGCACUCCAACCAGCAGUUGGCAGUGAUAAGCACUGCAUGUUGAGAGGAGGCCAUUAACUGUACGACAAAUUGACCGACUGAGUGCGACGUCACCCACAGGAAAUGGAGUACUUCUGGCUUGAACCAAAUGAAAUAAAUUUUUUGCGAUAAGGACGUCCACAUUUUCAGUACGCAGUGAUUGGUCCGAGUUGGCCUGAGUCAUCAUUUCCAUAGCAACCCCAUAGCAUGUUAGGACUUUUUUUGAGGCAUCUGAUUGGUCCAUUUAUGCCUUGAAUACCUUAAAGUACAAAAAGAACAUCAUGACCAAAACAUGAUUAUUAAGAACAUGUUUAAAAAAAGCUAUCAGAUCAAGAAUGGCUAUUCUAACUAAUGGAAUGACUGAGUAACAGCUGUUUAUUUCUCUAUAGAAGUCUAUGGGAUAUUGGCUUCUUGGGACUAGCAGGUACUUCAUGUUUAGAAGGCCAGGGGAAGGGGUCAUUGACUUCUAAUUUGCAUAUACGGUCAAUGGAGAGGGCAGUGUCUCUACUCAGUCUGUAUUGGAAACCUGAUUGGUACCUCUCAUGCACAAAUCUUACAUCACUUCGUCUUGUCACCAACACUGAGACAGUUUGACCAAGAGUACUUGUGGUAGACUUGUAAUAGACUACUUUUAGCUAAGAAGGAAUUUUACAAGUUUACAAGAUGCAGGACUUGAAGAAGAAAUUGAACAUCUCAUCUUAAAAACCUUGACAUCUUCUCAUAGAAGCUCGUAUAGGUUUCUGGGUGAAGAGAGGCGUAUAGAUCUUGGCCAAAAGUACCAUUCUUAGAGAAUAUUGUUAAAUUCUUCAAUUUUAUUAUUUUACAGGUGACAUUAGGCAUCUGUUUGGCAUCUAUCUAAGAAGAGGUCACGCAGCUGCUUUUGCCACUGACUGCGACCUGCCUGGAGCCCACGAGAUGGUUCAAAGUAUCGGCAUGCAGACGACGUACAUGGGCUUCUUGGACUAUAGGAAACAGGAAGUUAAAGACCUGGGCAUCAACCCCAGUGAUUGCACUUUCAACCCUGGAGUGUUUGUAGCCAACAUUAAAGAGUGGAAGAAACUAAAAAUAACCAAACAGCUAGAGAAAUGGAUGGAACUAAACUUCAGACAGAACAUAUAUAGCAGUUCUAUGGCAGGAGGCGUGGCAACUCCACCCAUGCUGAUAGUUUUUCAUGCCAAAUUUACACGUCUGGAUCCUCUGUGGCACGUCAGACACCUGGGCUGGAGCCCAGACCCCUUUUAUUCAACGAGCUUCCUUCAGAGGGCUCAGCUGCUGCACUGGAAUGGCCCAUUUAAACCAUGGAAUUAUCCUGCUGUCCACCUGGAUAUGUGGGAGAAGUGGUUCAUCCCAGACCCCUCUGGAAAGUUCAUUUUGAUUCGCUCUGAUAAAGACAGUUAAAGUCUGCACAACAUCCUGCUGUAGCUCAGAGAAGUAUAAAUCUCUCUGUAUAACCUAAAUUGUUGCAUGUGAAACUUGAUUAAAUAUUGGUAAUCUUACAA